AUGUGCUCGAAAUGCCGAUCGACAGGAGGAGAUCGCAUCCCUUUUUCGCGCGGAGUCUCGACCAGCAUUUGCUUGCGGGUGGGAGCAGCCAGAACUGUUGCUGCGCAAUAUGAUGUGUCGGCGGUUAUGGCCUUCAACGUUCAUCGCGUCCUCCACCUGACCGUCUUCACCUUCUUCUCCGUCAUUCUAUUCCUCUGCAUCGUCCUGACCCCUGCCGAUGCGAUCUACCAGUGCUACGUCACGCACCGCCUCACAAACGUCUUCAUCAUCACCGGCGGCUACGUCGUCACCUUCAUCCUCGCGGCUUUGAUCUACGCGACACGCAUUUACACCAAUCGGACCGUCCUCUCCGGCAUUCCCAAGGCAUGGAUCCCUGUCGAGAAACAAGACGUCGGAAAGAGUGUGCGGCGACUGGUCAAAGAGGGGCUUGCGCAUAGUGCCAUUAUUGCCUACCAGGCUCGGCCGCGGGACAUCGCAACCGAAGGACAUGCUUUUGCAGACUACGAAUCGCUGUUGGUGGACCAUGACAGCCCGCCCUGGGGUCAGGUCGAGCACCCUGGAUGGUCGUCACCCGCGUGUCCUGACUUGCCCGACCUCCCGUAUCGCACCGUGGUCCAGGAACUGCCCCAUCUCAUUGAGGCCAAAGCUGUCUCCCUAGCUCCUCCCGACCCGAUCUUUACGGCCACUCGCCGUGCGCUCCACACGCCUUUUCCUGACACCGAAGAGUCCAUCCCAGACACGCGGGUGGUGGAGGUGUUACGGCGUCCGAUAUCAAUGGGAUUGCGGGGGUAUUUGCAGCACCUCACUGCGCUGAACGUGAUUGAUCCGCCGGAGAUUGGGAUGGAGUUUGUUGCUCUGUAUGAGCGAGCUCGCUUCUCGGCGCGUGAGCUGUACGAGGCCGAAUUUAGGACCUUGAUGCACGUCUUUGCCGAGCUGUUGCGAAGUAUGAAGGUUUUGGAUCCCCACGUCUUGGAUGAGGUGCGGGGUGGGAGCUCCCGUGCCGACAGUGAGUCCCUCAUUGGGCCCUCGGACGAGGAGGGGGAGACAGAUACGGUGGACUCCUAUGAGGGAAGUGAAGCUAUGUCCCGGGGUCGGAGCAACAGCCUGCGGCCUUCGAAUGCGUCGACCUGGGAUGGUCGUUCCGCCAAGCAGGGUCGCUGGUCGCCUGUGUGGUCGAGACGCCCCGAGCCGCAGCGAACAUUGGUGCCCCCUCGGACGCCGUCGAUGCGAUCGCUUAGGCGAGUGCAAUCGAACGUAUCUGGUAGUUCUGGGGGAAGUGUGAUUCGCUUGGCUUUUAUCCAGCGCGGACGCUCUUUCUUUACCCCAACCCCAUCGGCGACCCCCCAGGAGAGUCCCAAGGACAGCCCCAAACCCGACGAUGUCGUCGAAGAGUUCAAGCAGGCCCCGUCGGCGGACACGCUUUUCCCUAAGGUUGACCCCUCCGUUGACGGAGAGGAAUGCCUCCACGACUGUGCCUCGUGUACGGUGAAAUACCCCGCCAAGUUCGAUGUCGAUCAGGAGGAUAAUAUGUACGGGAAUAUCAACGGCUGGUCCACGCACGUGCUGGUUGCGACCGGUAAGACGGACUGGGUGAGGGACGUGGCCGAUGAGGAGGGGAGCGUCAUGGAGGCGAUCGAGAAGGGGGGGCUAGUACCAAGCAACGGGAAAUUAAAACUGUCGGCCUCCAACAUGCCCGUUCCCGACGAGUACCAUUACCACGAGUCCGGAAAGCAGCCAACGACCGUGCUGGUCCUCCCCAGUUUUACCAUCGUUGAUCAUGUUACGCCGGCUUUGGCGCCCGAUCUGAUCAAAUAUUUUGUUAACCGCUCGCCCACGACCACCACGCCACUGGGAGUGGUCGAGUCGACGGAAACCGAGAACGAUGAACAACCACCAUCGAGCGAAGACAUCCAGUCGCUCACCACCCUUCAAUCCCGCCCUUGCCCUCACUCCGCCAUCAUUCUUCUCUGCUCGCACCGCACCCGAGACGCGCGCUGCGGUCAGUCCGCGCCUUUACUCCGCAAGGAAUUCGAGCGACACCUGCGUCAUCUCGGACUGUACCGGGACCUGGAUGAUGAACGGCCGGGCGGAGUCGGAAUCUACUUUAUCAAUCACGUCGGAGGUCACAAGUAUGCGGCGAAUGUGAUCGUCUACCGACGCCGGGACUUUGACUGGCACAAGACCGCAGAAGAGGCCGAGACCAGGGAGGAGGGCGCGGCGCAGGGUAUCUGGCUUGCACGGGUAAGGCCGCAAGACUGCGAGAACAUCAUCCGGUACACAGUCUUGCAGGGCAAGGUGGUGAAGCCAGGAGAGCAGCUUCGAGGUGGCUUUGAUCGAGCCACGGGGUUGACUAGCUGGUAG